AUGCUUCAGAUUCUGGCCUCUCUUGCCUUCGAUGCUGAGAUAGCUGUCUUUCUUUCGUGGCCUGCACUGCCCCUCGCGAUCGGCCUCUGUGGAUCCCAGAGCUCCCUCACCUCCAUCUCGCUGGCUCUCUGCUGGCUCUCACUGGCUCUCAUCCAUAUCUUGACCCAACAAUCAUCCUCCAUUGACGCUCUAAAACAACUGGCAUCCGCCGACAAUUUCGCCGCUGUCUCAAUAUAUUUCAUGCUGCCCCUCCGCUCAUCGCAAUGCUUUUUCGUUUAUUCCGCAAAAAGCCCAACAUUUCACCAUCCGCCCUAG